UAUAUAGGAGGAAGAAUAAUGAUAAGAAAAACAUUUAAAUGUUGUCCCUGAUAUACCAGCUUCCUGUUUUCAAUUUGCUUAAAUAAGUUCCUCAAUCACAGAGCUUGUCCAUUGUGGAGAACCACACUGUCAACACGGAUACUUCAUCACAAGAGAUGGAAGACAUUGUCAGAGCAGGAAAUUCUGAAAUCAAUGUGAACCAUGGAAACCUUUCCGAGGAUACAAAGGAUAUACACAUGAAGACUGCAGCAAAUGAUUCAGAGGAGGCAGAAAAAAACAGGGAUGGUAAGACGGGGAUGGAGGUUUUUCGGCUCCAGUUGGUAUUACAUCUCUACUGAAACUAAAUCCUGGGAGGAGAGUAGAAAGGACUGCAAGAGGAGAGGAGCAGACCUGGUGAUCAUAAACAGCAAAGAGGAACAGGAAUUUAACAAUGGAUUCCAAAAAAUGAGGUACUGGAUUGGUCUGUCUGACAUAGAAAUGGAAUCGACCACGACAUGGGUGGAUGGCACACCACCGACCAUAAGAUUAUUGCGCACACCUGCCACCAUCGUUACUCGCACCUGGGUCUCAUGAGAUUCACCUGGACUCCAUCACCUUCCUGAUUACCUCCCCUAUAUCUGUCACUCCCCUUGGUUCUUUCUUCGGUCGUUAUUGAUUCUGUUUCUUGUCUGUGUGUUUUUCGUGUUUCUUGUUUUGUUCCAUGUUUCGUUUAUUUAUUAAAUGAUUCACUCUCUGUACUUGCUUCCCGACUCCCAGCGUACAUGUUACACACAGCAGACUACGGCCGGAUACAUUUAUUAACAGUACAACAUGCUAAUACUCCUUUCACCUCUAUCAUGUAGACAUUCCUUAAAAUUGCCAUUUAAUGUUGAAUGAACCAUUAUUACUUCAUUUUAUCUCUUACAGACUUUAACAAACUUUUCUGUAGUGCUCUCAUGAACCAUAUUUACAUAUUUAUUUAUGUAUAUGAACACAGUGCCUUCAGAAAGUGUUAACAUCCCUUUUUCCACAUCCUGUUGUGUUACAGCCUGAAUUUAAAACGUAUUACAUUUAGAUUUUUUUUGUACAAAUGAAUAAAAAAUGAAAAG